AUGCGGUCGGAAGGUGAGUUGUCAUCAUCUACUUCUGCCGGAUAUGCUCAACAAUCUCUUGUUGAAUGCCAAAUUCUUCCCAUAAAGGAAAGAAAUAUCUCGCCCCAACGCAAGAUAAAGAGACGGACAUACCUGAAUCAGUUUUCGCAAUCUCCCCGGCUAUUCGAUUCACGUUUUAGUGUUAGUAUUCCCGAACCUUACUUCUACAACGACGGUGCCUUUGCACUUCUUCAUGAAAUGGAUUCGGCCAUCCCAUUUGGUCUUACUGUUGGCACAAUACAUGAGUUAAGCACGUUGUGCAAAGCUUGCACUGACAUCAUGGAUGUACUUCUCAACAAAGUCUUUAUUCUCGAUGUUGAUCUCGAUGCAUUUUCUACCGUUGAUCCGUUUCGCGAAUAUUACAAUCCCGAGCAGUUUGCUCUCAUUGAUAAACUGUUCACUCCGCCUCGAGCUCCACAACUGCAAGUACCCAAUCAGGAAGAAGACGAACCCCCCAAUCUGCAAGUCAUCUUCGCCAGCGCCAGUCUCGCCGCCAAGGUUGCCUCUGAUGCUCGCCGCCAACAGCUGGAACAUCUUAAGGCAAUGAUGAGGACCCUCGGGUCUGGAGUGAGUCUUUCCGACGAUGUGAUCGCCAAUGAUCCCAAUGAGGUCUGCGCUCUGUGCGCCUUGCUGCUGUCGCUCGAGAAUACGGACAAUGAGACGUACUUUACGACGCCUGUGCGAGCUGCAAUUGAGUCUACGUUUAAUGCUGCGGUGUGUUUUGCUGAAAAGUCCAACUCUCCUCCUUGUAACGUCGUGAAGAAUGGUGAGUUCGUUUCGCUGUGUGAUUUGUCGUUUGAUAGUCUAAGUCAGUCUCCCAUUGAUGUUUAG